AGCAGCUGUAUGCAGCCGGUAACCUCUAUGUACUCGCCUAUGUCCAGUGCAAAUUUAACUGCCGGAAAUAAACCGAAUUUGCAGCCAUUGAACUUUACAUAAAGCAAAAUCAAAACCCACAUCACUGUCAUUCACACAAAGUGGUCCCAAGUUAUAUGACUAACAGCUCAUUCGUGUGACACAAUCAAAAGGAAUUUAACCCCAAGCAAUGGAAUUAGUGUCAAGCAACUCAACAUGAUGACAACCGCAAUUGAAACCACAUUUGUCACUCGCCAGGUGGCGUCCACAUCAGUCACAACAUUAAUAGGAAAGUCGUCGAAAUCAAACCGUACAAACCCACCGGCAACAACACCAACACAGCCACGGACUCCUACAGAGACAAGGGAUCGGCCGCAAAGUUUGUGCACAAGAAGCACGCCAAAAACAACAACAACAACAGGAACAACAAACCAUUAUUACAAUCAAACAACGUCUCCACCAACAACAACCACGUCUGCAACUGGACGCCGCAUGCGGCGACUACUCAAUGCACAUUUGGUCAUUACAGCAACAACAUUGCAGCAAUGUGCAGCUGUACGAUGGCAACUGUUGGUUGCCUUUCUCAUUUGCAACUGCAUUGAUAUUUCCAUUUCCAACCAAAUCUCGACAGUGGGCGCAUUCGAGCCGGAUUUCGUCUUCCCGCUGGAGAAUGUCACCGUAGCGCAGGGGCGCGAUGCGACCUUCACGUGUGUGGUUAAUAAUCUCGGCGGUCACAGGGUGAGUGGCGACUCCGCAACGGCCAGGGUCGCUUGGAUUAAGGCCGAUGCGAAGGCGAUUCUGGCCAUACACGAGCAUGUGAUAACGAACAAUGAUCGAUUGUCAGUCACACAUAAUGACUUCAAUACGUGGACGUUGGUCAUACGGAAUGUGAAAAUGGAGGAUUCCGGCAAGUACAUGUGUCAAGUGAAUACGGAUCCCAUGAAAAUGCAAACAGCUACACUGGAAGUGGUGAUACCACCAGAUAUAAUCAAUGAAGAGACAUCCGGUGACAUGAUGGUGCCCGAAGGUGGCUCAGCGAAGUUGGUGUGUCGUGCGCGUGGUCAUCCAAAGCCAAAAAUCACUUGGCGGCGAGAGGAUGGACGAGAGAUCAUCGCACGGAAUGGUGCACAUCAAAAGACCAAAGCUUUAGCCGUUGAGGGCGAAAUGCUCGCGUUGACUAAAGUGACACGCAGCGAAAUGGGCGCCUACAUGUGCAUCGCCUCGAAUGGUGUGCCGCCGUCAGUGAGCAAACGCAUGAAGCUGCAAGUGCAUUUUCAUCCAUUGGUACAAGUUCCCAAUCAACUGGUCGGUGCGCCCGUUCUCACCGAUGUCACAUUGGUCUGUAAUGUGGAGGCAUCACCGAAAGCAAUCAACUAUUGGCAAAGAGAAAAUGGUGAAAUGAUUAUCGCCGGCGAUCGGUAUGUGCUGACUGAGAAGGAAAAUAAUAUGUACUCAAUAGAGAUGAUUUUGCAUAUAAGACGUUUGCAAACCAGUGAUUUCGGUGGCUACAAAUGCAUCUCGAAGAAUAGUAUUGGCGACACGGAGGGAACGAUACGAUUAUAUGAAAUGGAAAGACCCGGGAAGAAGAAUCAAAGGGAAGAUGAUAACGAGGUCACGAAAAAUGACGCUUCGCUGAAAGACAACCGCCACGAAGAUGGUUCACGUAAUCAAAAUGGACGCCUGUACAAGGAGCGCGGCAGCGAUGCGGAGCUGCAAAGUGCCGGUCAAACGCUUAGUAGGCGUUCGAGUACAAUCUAUUUGCUAGUGCUGGCGCUAUUCGUGUCACUUGUAACGAGUGCAACGACAGCAACAAUAACAACAAACACAGCAGUUACAAUGGUAAGCAGACGAAGUUUUAGUAAUUUAUAGCUCAAAAAUUGAAAGUAAAUGCAAAAAAAAAAAACAAGAACACUCAUAUAUAACAUACAUACAUACGUACGAAAGAAACCAAAAACCAAUGCAUAGCAAGGAAAUAAAGUACAUGAAUAAGCAGACAGGCAAACAGGCAUAAAUAUAGUUAAAAUAACGACUCAAUAAAUAAAUGUAAUAAAUAAAUAUAAAACAAUAAAUAAGUAAAGAAAUAUGCAGAAGAAAUAUUGAAUUAUAGGCGGUAUUAGCGUAAAGCAAAAACCAAAAAUAAAUAAAAUAAACUGAGUUAAAUGUUACCUCUCUA